AGAGGAAAAUACCACGUAGUCGGUACUUCAGGUAUUGUAGACAUUCGUAAGAUACACUAUUCUCGAGUAUACCCGCGUUGAGUGCACAACGUUGGCGCAAUCAACGGAUUAAGCUAACCUUCGUUUAAUCGUCGGUUUUUGUUCAUUACACAUAUUAACUCAUACACUCACACAAUAUAGUUGGUAUGUGGUUCGUAUAGACUGCCAAUUUCGUGGCAUACGGUCGUGAGUAAAUACAUUGAAUUGUGUUUUUUCGUACAUUCCAUUGGAAUGAAAGUGGAAUUUUGAAUUCAGAAAACGAAUUUACAUAUUUUCACCCGUCCGUGUAAUAAACAACCAAAAAUCUUCGAACGAUUGAGAAGAAUCGAUGUUUUUGUAAAGCCUGAAAAACGCGAUUGUCCAUAAUUCCAACUACAUAUAUACAUACAUACAUAUAUAGUCUAUAUGUAUGUAUAUUAGGGAGCGGUUUCUGCAUACUUGUCCAUAAUGAUAUUUGCGAAAAGAGGAAAUUCUUGAACGACGCCAUAUUUAUUUUGCCACAACAAUAAGAAAAACAUCACACUUCACCAUAUAACCGCAACACGAAAGCAGCACAAUCCAUAUACAUAUAUACCACUACAUAUAUACAUAUAUCUAAAUUGUAAAUAUUUCAUUGGGGGCAAGACGCUUUGAAAGUCGACAAACUGCAAUAGUUGAAAUACCUGAACUACCAACACAUGAACCAACGUUUCAACUAAAGUAUUCAAGUGUCAAAAACCAAAAAUACAAAAAAAAAAAUCAAGAACAACAAGUGAUAAAUAGUGAAGAUUAUAGUACACAUAUAUGCAUAUGCAUACUAUAGUUUGAAGAGUGCAAAACCAAGUUUCGAAAUCGCCACGGAAAUGCUAUAGUCAAGUGUCCGAAAUGUUGUGUGCUGCUACCAGAGUGCUUACGUAUGAGUACGAAAAUUAACAGUUUUACACGUACAAACUAUAUUCGCACACAUUCGGACACCUGUGCGCGUGUGUGUGUGUUCGCGUCUGUAAAUGUGAAGAAUAAUUAAGAAAGAAUCUCGUGAAUGCUUGUUUGUCUCAGCGGUGGGGAGUGUUGGCGAAGUCCUAUAUAAUCGUAUAAUCGUGGUUACACAAGGAGCAAAAAUAGAUUUCUGUCCAAAAAAAGAAACAACAACAAAGUAAUGAAAAUAUUAAAAAAAAAAUGAAUAGAGGCAAAAGAUGAAAUGAAAUAGCUAAAUUCAAGAACCACUUAGAAACCCAUCAAAACCAGAAAAUCAACUUUGUUAACGUUUUUGCUUGACAAACAUAUACACAUAAUAAUACUGAAUAACGCCUUGUGAGCCCAUGUGUGCGUGAGUGCGUUUGUGUGCAUAAAUUUUGCUGACACUAAUCUGUCUGCCUUACAUGCGCUGGCCAGAGAGCUUUCUUUGAACGAGCGUAUCGGUAGUUUUUUCUCAAGUGUCAACCAAAACUGAGCUUCGAAGUGGAAUUUACAAAGAAAUAAAAAAUAAAUAAAAAAUAGAAAAAAUUGAAUAGCUUACAUAUAGCUAGACUACUGUUAUUAUACAGUGCUAAUUAGUGAGCACGUAAUUAUGGGUGAUUCUACGCCUAUUUGUCGCUGCCGAGUGCUCUAUUUGGGCAGUGCGGUACCACGCCAGAGUAAAGACGGCUUGCAGGGUAUUCAAGAGCCGUUGCGGAGCCUUUAUCCUUCGGAGGGUGCUGUCGGCGCUAAAGGCAUAGAUUCGUGGCUGAGCGUUUGGUCGAAUGGCAUUCUGCUCGAGAACGUCGAUGAAAAUUUGAAACAAAUCACACGAUUCUUCCCCAUCGAGUCGCUGCAUUAUUGCGCCGCUGUGCGUCAAGUUUUAAUACCGGAGCGUGGAAACUCCAAGCCAGAGCCGAAAUUCCUACCGCUAGACUCGCCAUUCGCACGAAUGCCGCGCGCCCAACAUCCGCCGAUAUUCGCUGCAAUACUUCGACGCACCACUGGCAUCAAAGUGCUCGAGUGUCACGUGUUUAUUUGUAAACGUGAAGCUGCCGCAAAUGCUCUAGUCAGAUGUUGUUUUCACGCAUAUGCGGAUAAUUCUUAUGCUCGUCAAUUGGAGACGGGUAGUUCGGGUGGUGGCGCUGGCAGCAGUGUUUACGGCACUUUAAAGAGUGCCGUUGGUAGUAAAUCGAAUGGGGAUUUAACUGGCGUUGGUCUGUCGAAUGGUAAUCAUCACAACCAUCAACAUCAUAUGGGCGUGUCCUCAAGCCAAGUUGGUUGGCGCUCCCGUUCCGGCAGUACCACCACCUUAAACAGUGUCGGACGUCAAUCAAAUGGCCAUACUUUUAACGGUACAAGUGGCAUCAGCUUGAACGGUGGCGGAAGCAAUGGUAGCGCCGUAGAAGGUUACACAUCCGUGAAAAAUUUUUAUGGAAGUAGCGCUGAUUUAAACGUAGCUGUCGAUGAUGGAGAGAAUUCGAUAUACAAUGGAGAUGAGAAUCACAAAGUCUGGAAUGGUUCUCAAGAUCAACUUGACGCCAUUGCAAUGGAGAGUCCAUAUGAAGUGUUUUCGGGCAAUACAUCUACUUUGGGACGUCCUGUGAGAGCGCGUCAAAUUAGCACACCGAUUGAUGUGCCGCCCCCACCAAUGAGAGAGGAACCUAACAAAAAGCGCAAAGAUAAAAAAUUAUCAAAAACGCCUGGCACUCAAAGCCUUUCCGGAACACUUAUACGCCCGAAACCGAUGCAUCCCGGCACGUUGCAAAGGCCGGGUGUUUAUGCAGGCGCUUCAGGGAGUGUGAUUUAUGGUCCAGCUGUGGGUUCAGGAGGAUUUCCACCACCACCACAUGGCGCACGAAACUAUCACACAAUCAGCCAUCGAGGUUUUCAUGGAGGACCACCGGGCCCCCAACCACAUUUCCAUCACCCCGGCAUGCCACCACCACCUCCACCACAAAUGAUGCAUCCACCUCAAAUGGGUAUUCCAAUGCAAAUGCCUGUAAUGAUGUCACAACAGUAUGCCACACUUCAAUCCUCCCGAACUACAAAGAAAAAGAAGAAAGAUAAAAAGAGCAGUGGCAUACCGGUUGGUUUACCUAUGGUACCGCCGAUUUAUGCUUACCACCAAGGCAUGGGACCACCACCACCACCACAAUCAGCUAUUGCGCAAUCGUUGAUCGGUGAACCACGACCACUAGCGAUGUCUAACCGAAAAUUGGCAGUAUCUAUGGGUAAUGGUUUGGACGAUGGCGUAAACUCUGGCGCAGAAUCUCCUGGUGGUACCGGUAUCUAUCGAAGGAAAGGUCACUUAAAUGAACGAGCAUUUAGCUAUUCUAUAAGACAGGAACACCGCAGCCGUAGUCAUGGUUCGUUAGCUAGUCUACAAUUUAAUCCACCUGACAUGAAGAAAGAACGAGAAAUUGCACAAAUGGUUGCCGGACUCGAUUUAAAUGAUGGACCCGAAAGAGAAAUGUCGUCAACGACACUGCAGCGUAAACAUAUGACAAAUGACGGAGGAGCCGGCAUUCCACAGCAAGCAAUUUAUGGGAAUGGGGGUACAAAUGCCUUGUAUGGCAACAGCAUGGGUCCAGCUGGUAACUUUGGUAAACCACGAAGAUAAAUUUUGUUUCGAUUUUGAUCGAUUGCACUGUCUACUAUGACACAAGAAUUGACAAUAUUUGUUAUGGUUAAAUAUCAAUAUAAAUAUGCGACUAUAUAAAUAUGUAAAUAUUCAAUUACAUAUAAAUAUGUAUAUAUACAUAAGUCUCGAUUAGAUGAUAUAUAUUUUUGUAUGCACCCUAGAAUCAGCAUUAAAAAAACAGGUAUACAAAAUAUAUAUUAUUCAAAUGGAGUUAAAACAUGCAAUCUGCCCCUCUAUGAACAAACUGAUAAAUUAGUAAACGGCUAGAGAUUUAGAGAUGUUGUCAAAGCAAACGAGUACAUGAAUACCAACAUUGACAAAUAAGUAUAUGGUUGCGUAUAUUCAUUCAAGGACCUAUAACCAAUCGAAACCAUAGGAAGGUAAAACCAAAGAAGUAAUGGGGAGUAAACCAAUGACGGAUAAGUUUUCGCUUGUCUGAACGAAGUUGCCUUUUAUAGUAUAUACAUACAUGCAAACACACACACCUACAUACAUAUAUAUUUACAGUGAAAAUACUUUUACAAAUGGUACAGCUAGUUACAUAAUUCACAGUUAAUGAAUAUACAUAAAUAUAGAAAAGGCAGAACUUAGAUAAAUGUGUAAUUAAACCCAGUAUUCCCUAAAUAAUAGAAUCAAACUACAUCAUGUGCGAUUUCAAAAAUUUCGUAUACCUGUACAUGGACUGAUUGUGUAUUAGAAGGAAGGCACAUUUUGCAUUAGUCAUACAUAUAGACAAACAC